UGAUGUAAUCGAGCGAAAGGGUGCGUUGAAGCGCCACCAUCAGUGCGUCAUUGACUACGCCAAUUCCACAGCACCUUGUAUGGAGGCUCUUACUCUUCACCACCAUCGCCACCCUCUAUACCCAUCAUAUCACUACUACUGUUCUUCCCUAACCCCAUCCACCUCUUACUCUCUCUUUCGCUCGCCCCCUCAAUCAUCGCCACUUUCAACGUCUUCCAUUGUUGCUUCAUCUUCUGACCCCUCUCUCCAACACUCAGACCCCAAAUCGCACCAAUCCUUCAAUCCCCUUUCCAAAGUUUCCUCCUUUCUCACCAUAACUGCAGCCUCAGCGUUUCUCUUUCUGGGGUUUUGCCAAAAUAGGUAUGUCAACAAGCCAAUAAUAACAUCAUCACCCUCCUCAGUGCUUUCCAUUCAAGAGGCGUUGGAUGAGAAGAUGGAGCUUAAAGAUUGUCACAUUCAAUCCAUUUUGCACUUGAAGCUGGAGGAGAAAGUCCCCAUUGUGCAUAGUUUCAAGAGAGCGAAAACUGCGGAUGAGGAAGCUUGGCAAGUGUUGAAAGCGGAGGUUUAUAGCAGCAGCGAGGGGUUUGAGUUUGUCAAGAUUGGAUUUGAAGAGAUAUUGGAGAAAGAGCGAAAGGCCUAUCAUGAUUGUGUGCUUGAGCACCUGGAAAUGGUUGAUGAAUGUAAGUGCUUGUUGAAGGGGAUUAAGGUGGCAAUGGAUAGAUGUGAGAGGGAAAAUGCAAGUGUGAAGCAUUCCCUUAGAUUCUUCACCAAGGUUGUUGCUCAUAUAAGGGUCUUGGAGGGAGACAUGCUUAGUGCUUUGAAGUAUUAUAAGGAGCUUGACAAAGACUAAGCAGAAUUUGUUUCAUCACCAAGGAGGGUAUUUCAGGCUUCUUUGCAAUUUCUUAUUAUCUUUAUUAGGACGAACUUUAAUUAUAAAAUGUUGGUUUAUUAGGAUGGGGAGUUCUACCGAGUUUUAACAAUGGUAGGACAAAUGAGCUGAGUCUCCAGCACAUGUAUAAACUAGUAGGAAUUGAGAAUAUAUAUACUGCAAAUUUGUCCCAGAAGUUUUAAGAAUGUUUCUAGCAUCUUUGUUAUCUGAAGCACUUACAUAUCCAAGAUGUUAAUCAAUGCAUAA